AUGGGGGCAAUAACGACCCAGGUCUUGCAUCUGUCCAACGCUACCAGCCUGCAUCAUGGUCCGUCACUUGCCACACAGAUCAUCACUGCGAAGAACCCCAAGAACGAAGACGAGUUCCAUGAGCAUGAUGGUCUUCUACGGAUUCCGAGGAUCUUCGAGGGUGACAAUGAGAACCUGGCCAUCAAGCACCACCUGUUUGACUCGGUCCGCGAGGCGACCGUCAUGCCUGAAGAGGCCCUGAGGCUCACAGUUGGCAAGCCGGGCCUCUUGGACACACUUGACUAUGUUGAGGAUGACCGGCUGCUUUCAGACCUGGCCAGCCAUGAAAUAGAAGUGCAGGUCAAGGCCACAGGCAUCAACUUCCGAGACAUCAUGGCAGCUAUGGGGCUCAUUCCCAUGACCGUCCUGGGCCUGGAAGGCAGUGGGAUAGUCACCAAGGUAGGUUCCCAGGCGGCAAGCCAUUUCGGAGUCGGCGACCGCGUGAGCUUCAUGGGGCUCGGAGCCCACGCUACUCGGUGUCGAACGGACUACCGGCUGGCAGUCAAGAUCCCGGACAGCACGACUUUCCCCGAGGCAGCGGCCCUUCCCAUCGUGUACAUCACGGCGUACCAUGCAUUAGUCAACCAAAGCAGGUUGAGAAAGGGAGAGUCAGCAUUAAUCCACGCUGCAGCGGGCGGAGUUUGGCAGGCAGCAAUCCAGGUAGCCCAACGCCUGGGCCUGGUGAUAUACACCACGGUAGGGUCUCAAAAAAAGCGCAAGCUGCUCACAGAUACAUAUGGCAUCCCCGAGGAGCACAUAUUCUACUCGCGUGAUGCCAGCUUCGCGAAGGACAUUAUGCGUGUCACCGGGGGCCGUGGGGUGGAUUGCGUCCUGAACUCCCUCUCGGGCGAGCUGCUCAAGGCCUCCUGGGAAUGUCUCGCCCCCUUUGGCACCAUGAUCGAGAUUGGCCUCCGUGAUAUCCUCGACAAAGAAUACCUGGAUAUGCGCCCGUUUGCCAAGGGCACAACGUUCACCUUCCUGGAUACGUUUGGCCUCCUGAAGGAGAAGCCAGACUACCUCGGAGGCGAUUUGAAGGACGCUUUCUAUUUCAUCCGUGAAAACUCGCUCCAGGCUCCAACCCCCCUGUCUGUGCAGCCCUUUGGCAAAGCAGGCGACACGUUCCGCACCGUCCAGCAGGGAAGACACCGCGGCAAGAUGGUGCCCUCGUUUGAGGACGACGGCCCUGCACCAGUACUGCGCAGGGCGCAGGACUCACUCAGGCUUAACCCGGAUGCUACCUACCUGCUCGUCGGCGGGCUGGGUGGUCUCGGCCGCAGUCUGGCGCGGCAUUUUGUCGAGUGCGGCGCGAGGAACAUUGCCUUCAUCUCGCGGUCCGGCGGCGAGACCCCUGAGGCACAGGCGCUCAUCCGUGAGCUUUCUGUCGCGCGCGUCAGGGCGUUGAAGGGCGACGCGACGGAUGCAGCCUCGUUCCGCGCUGCCAUUAACCAGUGCGAGAGCGAGCUCCCCGCGGUUGGGGGAGUGGUGCAGAUGGCUAUGGUACUGAGGGACACGGUGUUCGAGACCAUGUCUUAUGAUGCGUGGAACACUGGCCUCCGGCCCAAGGUGCAAGGUACGAUGAACAUCCACGACUGUUUUGGUCCUGAGAGGCCUCUCGAGUUCUUCCUCAUGUGCUCGUCUGUUUCAGGAGUCACCGGAAACAUGGGCCAGGCUCAGUACUGUGCCGGUAACACGUACCAGGACACGCUUGCCCACUAUCGCCGGUCCAAGGGCCUCAAGGCAACCUCUAUCAACCUUGGUAUCAUGCGUGACGUGGGUGUGAUCGCGGAGCAGGGAGUAACGGGCCACUACAAGAUCUGGGAGGAAGCUCUCGGCAUCCGAGAGCCCACGUUCCACGCCCUUAUCAAGGGCAUAAUCAGCCGGCAGAUGAACGAGGACCCAGCUGCCUGGCCCCCGGCCCAAGUCAUCACAGGACUGGGCACAGCAGAGAUGAUGACUGCACUGGGUUUCCAGCAGCCCUGGUACUUCAGCAAGGCGCGCUUUGAGCCGCUCGCAGUGACCAGCCCAUCAGAGAGGACAUCUGGGUCGGGCAGCGCGGGUGCUUCCUCGGUUGCUUCGAGGCUCGCAGAGGCGGAUAGUAAGGAACGUGCGGUUGAGAUCAUCACGGAGGCGCUGACAGGGAAGGUGGCCGAUAUCUUGCAGAUGCCACCCUCCGAUGUGGACCCGGAACGGCCCAUGUACCGCUGCGGUGUGGACUCGCUGGUCGCACUCGAGGUCAGGAACUGGAUCAGCAAGGAGAUGAAGGCCAGUGUGGCGUUGCUCGAGGUGCUCGCAGCCGUGCCGAUGACCGUCUUCGCCGCUACCAUUGCCGACAAGAGUGAAAUCUUUCAAUCGGCCAAGGCCUGAUCCAGGGUUAUAAUGGAGACUUGAAGCAGGAGGAGGGGAUGGGGGUGUGAUC